UCACGGGCCGCCGUACCAUAAAUAGGAAGUCAUCCUGUUAAUCUGUCGUAUCUGCUGAUGUUCUGCAAGUGUUGUGUUUUUAAAUCUAUUUUUUGUUGUAAAAUGCCACAGUAGCAUGGAGUACUAUAUCGGGCCUUUGAAAUCCGAUUGUGAAGAUAUAUUGAGUCAGUUUCAACGGACGGAAUCUGUUCGAUAUGAAUCGUUCUCAGCAAUCUGGAGAAAAAUGGACUUUUCCACUAUAUUUUAUGGUAAGAUGUCACCGAACGAGAUGAGCACUUACACCCGUCUGGCCCUGACCACCGCGUAUCCGUACUUUCUGCCACCGUACACCUUCCAGAUACGAGUUGGGGGAUUGUACCUUCUUUACGGUCUGUACCACACGCAGCUGACAUCACCCAAAGAAAAGAUUAGGAUCGCUUUAAAGGACUGGGAGGACAUCGUGAAGUUCCAAAAGGAUGCAGUAAACGCCCAGCACUUUGACGUGGUCUACAUCCUCAGGAAGCUCUUCACCUUGAAAGCUUUUUACUUUACCGCAAUGCCAAAAAUGUUGUUCUUCGAGGUGAAGAGGAAGCCCAAGAGAGACGAGGUGUGUGAGGAUUUCCGUGAACGCCCAGAGCACGUGAAGGAGCUCAUAGACAUGGAAACGCUGGAGGAGAUGAUGAACGUGCAGCAGCACUAUGAAAAGAUGAAAGCGGCCAUCUCCACCACUUUGGGCCAGAAGGAGUCUGGUAUCAGCCUGAUCCGGAAGGAUCUGCCCCUGCAGUUGCGGGACACUGUGAUGGAGUAUCACAAGUGGCAAGAGAAAGUGACAAAGACUGGGCCUAAUGGCACGGACACAGAGGCAGGCGAAGGCACUUCUGAGAAGCAGGAGUGUUCCAAAAGGGCGAGUCUCCUAGCUUCUAUCAAAUCCAAGUCUUAUGGACAGGCAGUGCAGGUGUCCAGGGCCCGGCGGCACCGGCAGGUGGAAAUGGACACGUCUGGUUCUGGGACGGAUCCUGGACUAGAGCUGUCUCUGCGCAAGAGGCCUCAGUCGUUGCGAGCCAGGACCAGGAAGGACCUGAUCGGGAAAGGCGACAUGAAGGAGGAGCCUCAAGAGUUUACCCGACAGUGGCGACUGACAGUGCCUGAGGACAAGGUGCAUGAGAGACCUAGAAAGAAGAAACGAUUCAAAUGGUAAAGGAGAAGGUGGUGGUGGUUCUGCUGGGUGGGGGUGGGGGGGGAGGGGGAUGAUUCAGCCCGUUUGUGGCAGCGCCCAGCUCUCCACGCCUCCACUCUACCAGCUUUUGGCCUCUGCUGGCCGGAUAGGCUCCCAAUGGUCUGCUGUGUAGUGGGCCGACGGACAUUCGCUGGUGUUUACAAGGCCUCUGCUCUAAUCCCCUGCGUUCAGGAGUGGAGAUAUUAUUUUAUUGAAUCUGUAAUGGUUCCGCAUAAAUAAAAAUGUUUUGUAACUAAAUGAGUUUUUAGGUUCAAUAUUAUCAAUUGGCUGAACGUUCAAUGUUUGACUACAAAAUAAAUAAGUUGUUGGCAACUUAAA